AUGAACAAUGAAAGAAGCAGAGAGCAGUUCAUGAAAAUAAGGAAGUAAAUGGUGUUGGACUGGAAUCGUAGCUUUACCUCUGUUGUUUUGAACAGAAAUGUAUCAGGUAGCAGCUCCGUGACAGAAGGCUAAGGAAGUUAGCGCUUAAGCUAACUCCUUAAUAGACACAUUCGUAUCGUAAAGCAGCCCAUGUACACAGAGACAAGUGAGAGGAAGACACGAACAAAUAUUUCAGUCACGAUGGAUCACAAAGACGAAUCCCUGGAGGGGCUGAGUCAAGAUGAUUUGCCACAGAUGGAUGGCUCCUGUGAUGCAUGUGAGCCUGAUGAAGCCCAACCAGCGACACAUGUGUGCCACAUCUGCAGCUUCGCCUUCUGCCCGAUUCAUGCUGACAGACACUCCAGCAGCACACGGCACACCUUAAUGCCUUAUAACAGUGAAGGUGCUCAGGCCUGUGGUCUGGACACAGAAAGUGAUUCAAGAGUCGAAGGUACAGCCCAGGAUGGAUCCGGUGAACAGAGAGCAGCUCAAGUGGAUGAAAAUCAGGAUCUGGCAGAAGGUGGUGAGUGCGUGGAUGCAGACAAAGAAAAAAAUGCGCAGAAUGAAGGAAAAGAUGGGGAAGAGGCUGAGGCUGCGGCUGCGGCUGCUGGAGAGGCAGGGAAGAGGGACACAGUGACAGUGGAGAGACUGCGCUGCAAAGAGCAUGGCCAGGAAGGCUCCCUAUACUGUAAACCAGACGAACAAAUCAUCUGCGUGGUUUGCGCUGUGCAGGGCGAGCACAGGGACCAUGAGAUCAUCACUUUGCACGAGGCCUAUGUGUGGCAAAAGAGCAGGCAGGGUCACGACCUGCUGGGCUACACACAGCAGAUGGCUGAAAACGUCAAGACCAAGUGGACUAACCCUGAGAUGUCUACAGAGGAACUGGAAGAAUAUGUCAGUGGCCAGUUUGAUGAGCUCCGCAGGUUGGUUCGACUGGAGGAGAGGCGAACUCUUCACCUAGUGGACCUCAAAGAAGCUUUCCUUACAGCAUCGGCUGCAGAGAAAAUUGCUGAAAUCACCCUCGAAACUGAAAAGCUGCAGGAGGAGAUGGAUAACAUCACACACCAGUUGUGCCUGCUGGAACAGGCUGAGGCUCAAGCAGUAGGACCUGCAGCGGUGGCAGAGGUCCUGGCAGCGAAGCCUGGACCAGUCCACAGAUUACUGCACGACAUUGAAGCCAGGCCAAGGGUGCCGGAGCCGAGCGAACCUAUGGACCCACGGGACCUUGAAGACAAUGAUUCUGGACCGUCCAUGGACCACGCCCCGUGAUGUGAGCGGACCAGACUCCUCGUGCGUCUACCUGUCCUUGAUGAUUUGCCUCAGCCUGCCAUCAGCCCAGUUGAGCCGUCAGCCCGGCCCUUUCUCUGUCAGUCAU